AUGAGAUGGAGAAUUGAUAAUGGUGAAAAGGUUAGAGUUUGGAAAGAUAACUGGCUCUCAGAGAAUGCAGGUUUAAUGGUCAUUAGUCUGAUGCAUGGGUUAGACAGUGAUGCAAAAGUCCAAGAAUUGAUAGACAGUGACCUAUGCAUAUGGAAAAAUAAUUUGGUCCAAGCUUGCUUCAACCAGGAAGAAGCAAAACAAAUUCUCAGUAUCCCCAUUUCACUAAGGCUUCCAAAUGACGAGCUGGUAUGGAAUGGUAAAAAAUAUGGUGAGUAUUCUGUUAGGUCAGUGUAUCAUAUAUGCAUAAAAGAAAAGGUAUCCAAGAAUCUUGGACCCUUAACACCCCUUAUCAGAUUCUUUAGAAGAAAAUUUGGAACUCCUCGAUACAAACAAGAAUUAGAAGCUUCCUAUGGAGACUAG